AUGUCGGCAAUUGUCAGCAAUUCUAUGAAAAUUCCUUCAAGGUUCCUUCAAGCUGGGAUCCUUGGUCUAACAUCUUAUUCGAUUCGCUUACAAAUCCCAUACUUUGGAUUACAAGAUCUGUGGAACUCUAUUUUGCUUGCCGUUCCAAAAAAGAAAACCUCGUACUCGAAGAAGAGAAGCCGCUUUCUCGCUGGUAAGGCUCUAAAAGACAAAACAAAUUUGAACCGAUGCCCCGUUUGUAGUUCUUUCAAACUGGCCCAUCAUAUGUGUCCUUCUUGCUAUAAGGGUCUUCGCCAGGAAUGGAAAUCCCAAGACUUCUAA